AUGCGUGUUUGCCGAUGGGUGCUACUACUGAAUCUGGUCGUGGCACCCGGCGGAGCCGAGGCCUCUCCGGGCGCGCAGCCCAGAAGAGCUCAAGCCUUCUUCGAUGCCAGCUCGAGUGCAUUCCCAGGAAUGAGCUCUCACUCCUCGCACACUGUGCACUACAGCAGUGGAGGAAUGAUGGGCUCCCACUCGUCCCACAGCGUGCAGUACAGUGGAGGAUCCGACAUGUACGGCCUCGGUGGAGGAAUGACGGCGUCCCACUCCCACACGGUUCACUUUAGCAGUGGCAGCGGUGGAGGAGUCACGGACAGCCCUAGCACGGCGAGCAGCGCAGGAACAGGUCUGUACCAAAGUGGAGGAAGUUCCAGCGCAGGAAUGACCAGCCAUAGCAGUAGCAGUAGCAGCAGCGGAGGAGAUGAGGAAGCCCUGCAGGUGCUUCAGAGUCAAUACCUCAAAGUCUCGGUCCUGCCGGAUGGAGGUCUAGCGCAGCCCUUUUACAUGUCGGACCAGCAUGGUUGGACGAAGUUGACCUAUGGUGCUCAACAUUUGGACUAUGCCAUUAAGGUGAAUGGCCAUUUGGCCAGCAUCUCAGGGGAUGUGACCAUUUUGAGCUCCGAUGAGCAGCACUUCAAGGGUCGCUCCCAGCUCAUCAUGGAUGGCAUCCCACAGGCCACCUUGACCCGUAGCUACAGCUUUCUGGGCGAUGGCAUGGUCUUGAACAUCACCUUCACCUUCACAGCGUUGACUCCUUUGUACAAUCUUCAGGUCUACCUGGGCACCUCGGACGAUUGGAUUGGCACCAGCGAUCGACCCAGCAAGGAGCAAGGCAACUUUCGUGGGGGUAGCUUCGUGCACGAACCUCAUGGGCAUGUCUUGCGGGUCCAGUCAGGUGAGGAGUCGGUCUUCGCCUUCUCUCCGCAGCUGGAGAGCCAUGCCAUCAUCUUGCAGCACUAUGGGAAUUGGUCCCAGGUCUAUGCUGCAACCAUGUCCGACAUGUCGCAGUCCACCUCGGAUGGAGCCUAUGGCAUCUAUGUACCCUGUGGUGACGCAGCCUUUGGAGAGACGAAGCGCGCGAGCUUUUUCUAUGCAGCUGCCUCGGCCAGCCAACUCUCGCACCUCACCAGGGUCAGUGCGGAAGCAGAAACCGCAGGCCAUGCGGCUGCGAUAGUGCCGACGGCCACAGCGCCAGCAACCAUGGCUCCCGUGACCAUGGCGCCGGUGACGAUGGCACCGACCAUGGCAGUGACCAUGGCGCCGGCAAUGGCGAGCACCAGUGUGAGCGGUCCGAGUGAUGGGUUGAAUGUCCUGCAGAACCCUUACUUGAAGAUCGCUGUGCUGAACGAUGGAAGUUUGGGGCAACCUUUCUAUUUCUCCCAGCAACAUGGGUGGACCAAGCUCACCUAUGGUACCUUCAAGCUGAACUACGCCAUCAAGGUGAAUGGAGAGAAGGCGGAGAUUGGGGGUGAGCCAGCCAUCGAGAGCUCCACGCCUGGGCAGAGCUUGUCCAUCCGCUCGCAGGUCACCGUGAACGGCGUCUCCAAGGCAGAAGUGAUUCGGAGAUACUCCUUCGCGGGGGAUGGCAUGAUCUUGCGCAUCACCUACGAGUUCACGGCUUUGACCGAGCUGUCGGACCUCAAGGUGUGGCUGGGCACCUCGGAUGACUGGAUCGGCAGCUCGGAUCGGCCCACCAAGCAGCAAGGUUACUUCCACGGGGGCAACUUCGUGCCCCAAGCACAUGGGAAGAUCCUGCGGGUGCAGGAUAGCAACGAGGAAGUCUUCGUCUUCUCGCCCAAUCCCGGGAGCCACUCGAUCAUCCUGCAACACUACGGCCAUUGGCCUGAGGUCUAUGCGGUGACCCGCUCCGAGUUGUCCAAGUCGAUGUCCGACGGGGCCUAUGCCAUCUGCGUUCCCUUGGGCGCUUUGUCUGCCGGGCAGACCAAGAAGGCCACCAUCUUCUACGCGGCCGCCGGGUCCACGCAUCUGGUGCAGCUCAGUCGUGCCAGCGAGGCCGUCGAGGUGGAAGGAGAACUUGCCGAAGCCACGACGACCACCUCCACGACCACGACCACCACGACCACGACGACCACCACGACCACCCAACCUGUCUUCACUUUGCCUGUCCUAACGACCACCACCAUCCGUGGGCUAGGUGUCCUACAGAGCAAGUAUCUGAAGAUUGGCGUGUUGGAGGAUGGAAGCUUAGGGCAGCCGUUCUACUACUCCGAUCACCUGGUCGACGGGGGAGUCAGCUGGAGUAAGCUCACCUAUGGGACGCAAAGCCUGGAGUAUGCCAUCAAGGUCAAUGGAAAUCUCGUCACGACCAGUGGGGAGGCGAUCAUGGAAAGCUCCGAGGGCCGCGAAGGGAUGGCGACCCGGUCACAGCUGUCAGUCCUCGGUUUGCCCAAGGCGGAAGUCUUGCGCAGUUACAGCUUUGUGGGGGAUGGCAUGAUCUUGAAGAUCACCUACUCCUUCACAGCCUUGGAUGCCGUCUCGGAUCUACAGGUGUGGUUGGGCAGCUCGGACGACUGGAUCGGAACCUCCGACCGGCCCAGCAAGGAUCAAGGCUACUUCGCUGCAGGGCAGUUCGUGGCCGCACCGCAUGGGAAGAUCCUGCGGGUGAUGUCAGGCAAUGAGGGCCUCUACCUCUUUUCGCCUCACUAUGACACCCACUCCAUCAUCUUACAGGGCCAACAUGAAUGGAGCGCCGUCUCUGCCGCUACUGGUUCACAGUUGGCCACCUCACAAUCCGACGGCGCGUAUGCCAUCUACGUGUCCUUGGGCUCGCUGGCGGUGGGCCAGAGGAAGACUGUGAGCAUCUUCUAUGCGGCAGCGGCCGCCUCGCAGUUGUCACACUUGGCAAGAGUCUGUGAAGAGGUGGCCGCCGCAGCACUUCCGACCACGACGACCACCACGACCACCACGACCUUCGAGAGCACCACGCUGGCCACACUGCCCACCACGCCGGCGACGACACCGCCGCCGCCGCCGACGACGCUGGGGACGGUGGCCACACUGCCGGUGCCGACGAUACCGGCCACCACCAGCACGACCACGCUGGAGGGACUGGGGGUGCUCGAGUCGCGGUACAUGAAGAUCGCCGUGAUGCAGGAUGGAAGCCUGGGACAACCUUUCUACUACUCAGCCCAUUGGACCGAGCGGCUUGGCACCAUGGGCAGCUCCUAUAGCCCCAACGACGCUUGGACGAAGCUCACCUACGGCAGCAACAAGCUGGAAUAUGCCAUCAAGGUGGACGGGCAGUUGGCGACCCUGGGCCGUGAAGUCUCUCUGGAGAGUUCCAAGGGCACCAGCAGCAUGGCCACACGCUGCCAGCUCAGUGUGGAUGGUGUGCCCAAGGCCGAAGUGCUGCGAAGCUACAGCUUCAGGGGCAAUGGCAUGGUGCUGAAGAUCACCUAUUCCUUCACUCCCUUGUCCUACAUCUCGGACCUCCAGGUGUGGCUGGGCACCUCGGACGAUUGGAUUGGCACGUCGGACCGGCCCACCAAGGAGCAAGGCUACUUGAAGAACGGGGACUUCAUCCCAUCAGUGCAUGGCAAGAUCUUGCGGGUGCAGUCAGGCGCAGAGGAGGUCUUUGUGUUCUCGCCCCAUCCAGAGAGUCACGCCAUCAUCUUGGAACACUACGGCAACUGGCCGGCGGUCUAUGCCACCACGAGCUCGGACUUGUCCCGCUCGACCUCCGACGGGGCCUAUGCCAUCUAUGUGCCGGUCGGGGCGGUGCCGGCGGGGGACACCAAGAAAGCCACCAUCUUCUAUGCCGCGGCCGGUGCGAGUGACCUCAAUCUACUGGCGCGUGCGAGCGAGGAAGCGGAAGCUGAAGAAAUGCCCAGCACUACCGCAACCGUGGCCACGGCCGCCACAACCAUGGCCACGCUGGCCACCCUGCCGCCCAUCGCGACGACGGAAGCCAGCUCCAGUACGAUGAGGGGCUUGGCGGUCUUGCAAACGCCAUUCCUCAAGGUCGCGGUGAUGGAGGACGGGAGCUUAGCGCAGCCCUUCUAUUAUUCCACGCUGCAUGGAUGGACCAAACUCACCUAUGGCCACAAGAAGCUGGACUCCGCCAUCAAGGUUGAUGGGCAGCUUGCCAACCUGGAAGGGGAGGCGGCCAUCGAGAGUUCGAUGGGCCAGAACUCCUUGUCCACGAGAUCGCAAGUGGCCGUGGAGGGCAUCCCGAAGGCCGAGGUCUUACGAAGUUACAGCUUUUUGGGGAAUGGCAUGGUCUUGAAUGUCACCUUCACCUUCACAGCUCUCAGUUCCAUCUCGAGCCUGGAGGUCUGGCUGGGCACCUCGGACGAUUGGAUCGGCACCACCGAUCGAGCCCACAAGGUCAAAGGCCACUUCAAGGACGGCUCCAACUUUCAUCCGACUGAGCAUGGCCAGAUCUUGAAGGUUUACUCAGGCGAUGAGUCGGUCUUCUUCUUCAGUCCCAACAGCGAGAGCCACGCUUUGAUCCUUCGACACUUUGGCCGUUGGAAGGACGUCGAGGCUGCCACCUUCUCUGGCACCUCCGAUUCGGACAUGGAUGGAGCCUAUGCGAUCUAUGUGCCGCUGAAGGGUCUGAAAGCCGGUGAGACGCAGUCCGCCGUUUUUUACUACGCGGCAUCAAGUGCCCAGAACUUGGAUCAGCUUACAAGUGCCGCCGCGGACCUGCAGCCGACAGUUGGCGCUGCGAACCUCUCGAAGUCCUUAGUUGUCUGGGACGUGGACCGAUGUGACAACAACGCCAACGACCCGUCGGUGGACUGCGAACUGGCCAAGACCUGCUUUGACGUGAUCGAAAAAGCUCAUAGUGCAUGCCGAGUGAUGCUGGUGAGCACGAUGUCCAUCGGCGAGUUGAAGAAGUACAUUUGCGGCAUCAACACCUGCGCGACUUCUGGGAUGGCCGCCGCCAAGACCUGUAUGCAGCGCUACCCCUCUGACGUCCAAUGGCUGGCGCCCGCCCUGCACUAUCGGCAACGCUAUUGUGGGGAUGGUCAUCAACCAACUGAUAUCAUCAACGAUCACUCCACCUGUGCACUGUCCUUCAAGGGCCUCGCAGGGUCAAUGCAAGAACUCUAUGCUAUCGGUGAAACACACAUGCUAUCGGAGUAUCCGCUGCUGUGUCAAAGCGAAGCCUUCAUUGGGUGGUCCACACCCAGACGGGACUGCCAUAGGACUGCCAUAGGACUGCCGAUCAGGUUGAGAGGGGGUUGCUUGGUCUCCACGUCGCAGAAAGGCGCUAGGUAGAGCACUUGUUCC